UCUCUGUCCUGCAACCAAUGUAUGAAUAUGCACCUCCGUGACAAAGCCUAUGGAGUAUGAGAACAGCGGGGGGAAAAGAAGCAACAUUAUUAGAGUUACGAUUUUUUUUUUUACAUAAACCAAGGGGGGAUAUUUAAUUUAAUUAGUUCUGGAGUACGUAAUAGUAUAACCGAUCUGGAUAUUUGCAGUUAUUUUUGUUCUACGGUUUAGUGAUAACUGUAUUUGGCUCUCCACAAAGUGGACGCAUCUUGUAGUCUUACGAAAAAAGGACUGUGCAUCACCGGGACGCGAGUUGGUGCAGAAGUUCGACCGCGAACGGAUGUGAGGGAAGAGUGCACUGAGAACCUCAACCCCCUUUUCUUUCUCUCCUGGCUAAACAAUAGAGUCAAAGACACUGAAACUGAUUUCAUGCCGUCAGUCUCACAGACCCUGACAUGGACGUGAGAUUUUAUCCUACGCACCCGUCAAGUGUGGGUUCUGAUCCAAGUUGUCUAAGCUCGUUGGACUAUUACCACGCGAACAAGUUUGAUGGUGACAACAUGUACAUGAAUGACAAUAACCAGGAGUUUCGGUCACCAAGCCAGAACUACUCCAGUCAGGGCCGAGGAAGCAACAGCGGAGGAGGAGGGGAUGAAGACUACGAGAUCCCCCCCAUUACGCCCCCCAACCACGCUGAUCCUUCUCUGCUGCACCUUAUGGACCCCGAGUCAGGCUACACCUUUCACUCGCUGCCCCACAACGGCCUGCUCAACCCCUACUCCUACCCGGAGCUGCCCGCAGCCCUCAUGAUGUCCAACAUGCUGAGCCAAGAUAGCCAUCUUCUCUCGGGGCAUACCAUGCACUCGAUAGGGGAGAAGCGGCCCUCCUCGGAGAUGACGAAGCCCAAGCCCAAACCGCAGAAGAAGAAGAAGAAAAAGGACCCCAACGAGCCGUCGAAGCCCGUGUCAGCCUACGCCCUCUUCUUCAGGGACACCCAGGCGGCCAUCAAGGGCUCCAACCCCAACGCCACGUUCGGGGAUGUGUCCAAGAUCGUGGCCUCCAUGUGGGACAGCCUGGGGGAGGAGCAGAAACAGGCGUACAAGAGGAGAACCGAGGCGGCCAAGAAAGAGUACCUGAAAGCCCUUGCCACGUACAGAGCGAGUCUGGUUUCCAAGACCUACGACGACCCCGUCGAACCAAAAAGUGCCCAAAGCAGCCAGCCCUCCCACAUGCUGCCCCCCAAGCAGCCCUUGUACAGCAUGCCUCCGCAGCCCUCCUCCCCCUACGGUCUGGGCCCCGGCUCCUUCCCCCUGUCGGACCUGCAGAGCUUCGCCGGGCCGCCCCGCCAUGCCCUGACCCGGACCCUCAGCCAAUCCCAGAUGCUGCCGCCCAGCAUGAGUGCCUCUCCCCCCUCCCCCUUCCAGAUCAGCCCGCCCCUUCACCCCUCCCAGCUCGCCCUGCACCAGAGCUCUCUGCGCAUGCAGCAGGUCCAGUCGCACUCAAUGGGGCUCCAGGGGUCUCUGCACUCACCUCCUCUCAACCAACAGGGGUUCUCUCACAUUCAGGACUACCAGAACAGUGUGGGUGGGUCUCAGUCUCCUGGGGCGCCCAACCCAGGGCAUGGACAGAAGCCCGACUGGGAUGCCGAGUACUGCAACCGGGACUGUGGGCCCAACCACUGCAGCAGUGGCAUGGGAGUUCGGGACAAGCCUCUCUACCUCACUUGAAGCUGGUGGACCUCCAAAAGUCAAGACUCCAGGGAGUUUUCCAACAUUCAUUAACAACAUCAAUGUAUCUUUUUCCUCCGGCUUGUUUUUUUCUGAAGGAUUUUUAAAAUCCCAAAGACUGCUACUACUUCACCUUUUUGCCAAGCACUUAGACUGGACAGGAGCCUUGCUUAUUUUUUCCAUGAACGUUCCAUUUUGUGGGGGGUUGAGCUUUAAGCUCACAUCAACAUACUAUACACAAACCCCCCCCAAAAAUGUCUGUCUUUGUUUUGACAAAGGGGUCGUUGUAGAUCUGGAGGGGAGAAACACAAGUGUCCCGUUUUUCUUUUCUCAGAGUGAUUGUAAAUAUCUACCAAGAUGGAACCUGGCCCCCUAUGCCCAGAUGUGUGUAUCUAACCGCAGUCCCCUUGCUUUUUACAUUAUUUUGUCUGGUUAUGUGAUUUUUGUGCGGCCUGGAUUCAGUGAGGGAAUACACACUAAAUCUGAUCCCAGAUCUGUUUGUGCUGUCUUUGCAACUCCAAUGGUGACAUUGGCCAUAUAAGUUGGCAAGACAGCACAAACAGAUCUGGGACCAGGCUAACUCCUCUAAUGAAGAGAGAAAUACAAAGACUGCAAAUGAUUCAGUUCCCCAGUUGUUAUUGGGGGCUCUCUGAGAGAGAGUGUCUGCGUCUGAAAUGGUACCCUAUUCCCUAUCUAGGGCACUACUCUAGUCAAAAGUAGUGCACUAGAUGAGGAAUAGGGAGCCAUUUUGGACACCCUUUACACUGGCCUCAGGAUGUUACUGGACUGAAGAGGUCAAAGGUGAAACCUCUCCCUUAGUUUAAACCUCUCCUGGUCCAGCGGACCAUGCCCCCCCCCCAAUCCCCAACACCACUUGCUAAAUGUGAAAUGUUACUAAAGAUAAAAACAUAACAGUGGGUUUUAAAGUUUUUGACUAGUUUCAUUAGGUGUUUUAGAAUUGUGUUGAUUUUAUCUUUAUAAUUUGUUGUGAAAAAAAAAAUGCAUUUAAUUCUUAAAACCUUUUAGUUUUUCACUGUAGCACAAUUUAAGUUUCUAUGGUAUGGUUGCCAGGUAGAUAUUUCAUUUGCGCACAAACCUGCCAAAAGUACUUAUUUUAUUUGUAAAGACAGCGAUGAGAGAACCCAUUUCCUUUAGUUGAAGAACAUGUUUCACAAUAUAGUAAUGCUAUUUAAUUCGGUUGACAGAUUUCUAAUCUAUUUAUGAAUGAUAUGAAGUAAAGUUUUGGCUUGUUUUCAUCAGGGUGCAUUAUUAUUAUUAUUAUUAAAUUCCAUGGUAAUUUGAAUAAUUAUUAUUUGUACAUCACUUCUUGCUGGUGCAUUGACUUUUUGUCAGCAUUUGGUUAAUUCUGUGUUGC